AUGCUCCACAGCCGAGAGAGAUUCAGUUGGAUGUUAGCAAGUGGCCCGUUUGGGUGUCGUGGAUCUAUAAUAGUAAACACAGGCUAAUCAUCAGAAACGAAUCGAAUUGAGUUAACAUAAUGUCCAGUAAUUGUGGGAACGAUGGCGACGGAGGAGGAGAUCGACAAAAGCAUGAUCCCAUUGAGAUGGGUAAACUAUUGUGCUCAAAAGACUUAACCACCACAGGACAAUCAGCAGAGGACACUUCAGUCACAUCAACAAGUCAUCAGUUAACAAAAAUCCAGAUUCCCGAGCGUGGUAGUUGGAGCUCAAAACUAGAUUUCAUAUUGUCUGUAGUUGGUCUUGCAAUUGGUUUAGGAAAUGUUUGGAGAUUUCCCUACUUGUGCUACAAAAAUGGAGGUGGCGCAUUUAUCCUGCCAUAUAUUAUAACAUUGUUUUUAGCUGGUAUUCCCAUGUUUUUUAUGGAACUGGCGCUAGGUCAAAUGUUAACUAUCGGCGGUCUGGGAGUUUUCAAAAUUGCUCCAAUCUUUAAAGGAAUUGGAUAUGCUGCUGCUGUUAUGUCCUGUUGGAUGAACGUUUAUUAUAUUGUUAUUCUGGCUUGGGCAGUGUUCUACUUUUUCAUGUCGAUGCGAGCCAAUGUUCCUUGGCGAACGUGUAACAAUUGGUGGAACACCCUCAAUUGUGUCAAUCAGUAUGAGCGGAAAAAUCUGAUUUGCUGGGAUAAAAUGAUUAACGGAACUCAGAACAAGAUUUGUUCCGUGGCUGCCGCGAAUAUUUCCUCAUCACAGCUGACAGAUCCAGUUAAAGAAUUUUGGGAGCGACGAGCAUUACAAAUAUCGUCUGGAAUUGAUGAAGUUGGCCAUAUUCGUUGGGAACUCGCUGGCACCUUGUUACUUGUUUGGAUACUCUGCUAUUUUUGCAUUUGGAAGGGAGUCAAGUGGACGGGAAAGGUCGUUUAUUUUACGGCACUCUUUCCGUAUGUUCUACUGACAGUUUUAUUAAUUCGUGGCAUUACUCUACCUGGCGCUCUGGAUGGUAUCAAGUAUUAUAUUAUUCCCAACUUUUCAAAACUUUCUAAUUCCGAGGUUUGGAUCGAUGCGGUGACACAAAUUUUCUUUUCGUACGGCUUGGGCCUCGGAACAUUGGUUGCCCUGGGCAGUUACAAUAAGUUCACCAAUAAUGUAUACAAAGAUGCACUAAUUGUGUGUACAGUCAACUCAAGUACAAGUAUGUUUGCUGGAUUUGUGAUAUUUUCGGUUAUUGGAUUCAUGGCUCACGAACAACAAAGGCCAAUAGCCGAAGUGGCAGCAUCAGGUCCAGGAUUGGCGUUCUUGGUGUAUCCAUCAGCUGUGUUGCAGCUCCCAGGAUCUCAAAUAUGGUCAUGUCUGUUCUUCUUUAUGCUGCUUCUUAUAGGUUUGGAUUCACAGUUCUGUACAAUGGAGGGCUUUAUUACGGCUGUCAUAGAUGAGUGGCCACAAUUGUUGCGUAAACGCAAGGAGAUUUUUAUAGCAAUUGUUUGCACGCUAAGCUAUUUAGUUGGAUUAACCUGCAUAACGCAAGGUGGCAUGUUUAUUUUCCAAAUACUCGAUUCGUAUGCGGUUAGUGGCUUCUGUUUACUUUGGCUGAUAUUCUUUGAGUGUGUUUCAAUAUCCUGGUGCUAUGGAGUUGAUCGAUUUUAUGAUGGCAUCAAAGACAUGAUUGGAUACUACCCCACAGUGUGGUGGAAGUUUUGCUGGUGUGUCACAACACCCGCAAUAUGUUUGGGAGUGUUCUUCUUUAAUAUUGUGCAAUGGACACCAAUUAAGUACCUGGACUACAGUUAUCCAUGGUGGGCACAUGCGUUUGGUUGGUUCACGGCAUUGUCCUCGAUGCUUUAUAUUCCAGCAUAUAUGUUCUGGUUGUGGAAACGAACGCCCGGAGACUUAUGUGAAAAAAUACGUGCGAUUGUUCGAAUUGAUGAGGACAUUCCGCGGUUACGUGAGAAAAUGCAACAGGAGGCCUAUGCUAAGGAAGUUGAGUUUAAUUCAUAAUAGGUUUAAUCGAAAAAUGUCUAAAGUACUCGCCAAUUUGACAACAUCAACGCAAAUUGCACAAUUUUUAUAUAUUUUGAUACAGUUGUCGUAGUAGAGUUGUUUGUAAGUAAUAUGUUCUGUUUUUGCUUUUAAAAUCAACAGUAGUAAUUUUUAAACACAUUUAUUUCUUUCUUUUAUCAUGAUGUUGAAAUAUUUUUAAUUAGUAUAGGUUAGUAUUCAGAGUGUAAACUAUUGUAGAAUAUAUUGUUUUCAAGCAAAUAAUUUAAAACCAUCAGCUUAAAGACGAAUGCAAAACAAUUAAUCAAAAUUAUUAAUUUGAUAUAAGUAAGUACAUAUGACUAAUGAUUUGUAUGCAUAAGUUUUAUCAAAUAUUAAGUGUUAAUGUUGAGUAAUAUUCCGAUUCCUAUUCUGUUUUCUUAUUGCUUAACAUUUGCCUAUACUUACAUGCAUACAUACUCGUAUUAUAAUAGAUGUUAUGUACCUUUUGUAUACCUGUGCACGAUUGUUCGUCAGUGGUUUACUAGAAUUUAUUGAUAAAUUUAAUUUAAAAUUAUUCUUAAAAUUUAGUGGUUACUUAGCAAUAAUAUGCCCACCAUACACAUAUAUAUAUUAUAUAUAAUGUUAUAAUAUACCACACAUCAAAAAUGCACAACUGCAUACAUUUAUUAAAAUGCAUAACUCUACGAUAUCAAAGCAUCAUCAAUGCACAUACAAAGACUUCAUAAAGAAUGGUUUUUAUGGCGUUAGAGUAUGUACAUACGUAUACUUAUGGAUAUAUAAAGUAUUUGCGGCAUUUAGUUGCCAUUACUUUUUUAAAAUGUUUAGACGUAAAAUGCUUGUGUCAAUUAGUUUAAUAUCUUAUUUUCAAACAUGAAAAAAAACAUAUAAUAAAAUGUUACUAUUUUAA